CUAUCUGUACAUUCUAAUUUUCAUUUCAAAUGUAAACAAUUAAAUUUGCAUUUUGCAAAUACAUACAUUACAGUAUUUGUAAAUUAUAUUAAAACUUAAUAACUGCUUAAAUAUGGAGGAAGGGAAUUCAAUUAUUUACGGCUUAGAACAUCAGACAAGAGCCCUAUCACCUCAAUAUGAGAGUGAUGCUAUAAGGUUCCUUAUUGGUACUCAAAGUUUGAAGCCUCAGUCGAACCAAGUACAUGUUGUAGAACUCGAAGAAGAUACAGGAGCCCUGCAUACUAAGGUCUAUAAGCACAAUAUUGGUGAAAUCUGGCAUCUCCGAUGUUCUCCCCAUGAUGCGGCAACACUCAUGACCACACACAAUUCUUACGACCCAGACACUUCUCAGUGCACCAUGGGUGUGUCUAUAUUUAAACUGCCUACUUUGGAUGUAAUACCAAAAGAUGUUGAUGAUCUCAGUGCUAUUCAAGGCCGAAAUGCAGAGGAUAUGGAACAUCUCAUCACCAUCACUCCUGAGAAGCCCGAAGACGAGAUCCGCUGCGCCGAAUGGCACCCCACAGACGCGAAUCGUAUCGGCAUAGUGCUCGACGCUAGUGUGAGUGUGCGUGACGUCACCACGGGAAGUGUCGUCACGGGCUUCGUGCCGGAAGGGCGAGCUAGGCUUAAGUUCACGGGUGGGAAGUGGAGUCCGCAGGCUCAGUAUCAGUUCGCAGUACUGCAAGACACGCAUAUAAAGUGCUUCGACACGAGGACGGACUGCAAGCCGGCGUGGAGCAUAGACAACGCGCACAGACAACUGGCCAGAGACCUCGACUUUAAUCCUAACAGACAAUUUCAUUUGGCAAGUGCAGGAGACGACGCGGCGUUGAAUAUUUGGGACUACAGAAAUGGGAAGGAACCAAUUUUCAGCAGAACUGACCAUUCUCAUUGGGUAUGGACGGUACGAUAUAACACGUACCAUGAACAACUGUUAGUGACCGGCAGUUCAGAUGGAAGGGCUCUGCUCACAGCAGCAGCUAGUAUAUGUGAUUCGGAUGACGAGAAGAAACUCAGCCAAGUAUUGGAAGAUGGCGUGCUUCAAUCGUACGAACAGCACGAGGACUCCGUUUACUGCGUGGAAUGGAGCACAGCGGAGCCCUGGACCUUCGCCUCGCUCAGUUAUGACGCUAGACUUGUCUUGUCUAGAGUCCCGAGACAUUUUAAAUAUAAAAUUCUGUUGUAGACUGUUUAAAUUGGCAUGCCUGUU